AACAGCUGGGGCCCAGUUGGGACUGUCUGAGUGUGCGCGUGAGUGGCUGUGGCUUCCCCGGCUCCUCGCCAGCGUACCUUCCCCAGCAGGAGAUAAACUGCAUUCAGUUGAAUCUGCAAGAUUAAGGGGAGUUGGAGUGAUUAGAAAUCGAUUCACUGUUGAAGCUUUAUUGAAGUCAAAAUGUCCAAAAAAAUCCAUGGCGGUUCUGUGGUAGAGAUGCAAGGAGAUGAAAUGACACGAAUCAUUUGGGAAUUAAUUAAAGAAAAACUCAUUUUUCCCUAUGUGGAAUUGGAUCUGCAUAGCUAUGACUUAGGCAUAGAGAAUCGUGAUGCGACCAAUGAUCAGGUCACCAAGGAUGCUGCAGAAGCUAUAAAGAAAUACAAUGUUGGUGUCAAGUGUGCUACUAUCACCCCCGAUGAGAAGAGGGUGGAGGAGUUUAAGUUGAAACAAAUGUGGAAAUCACCAAAUGGAACUAUCCGAAAUAUUCUGGGUGGCACUGUCUUUAGGGAAGCUAUUAUCUGCAAAAAUAUACCCCGGCUUGUGAGUGGAUGGAUAAAGCCCAUCAUCAUAGGUCGUCAUGCUUAUGGGGAUCAGUACAGAGCCACUGAUUUUGUUGUUCCUGGGCCUGGAAAAGUAGAGAUAACCUACACGCCAAGUGAUGGAACCCAAAAGGUGACAUACGUGUUACACAACUUUGAAGAAGGUGGUGGUGUUGCCAUGGGGAUGUACAACGAAGAUAAGUCAAUCAAAGAUUUUGCACACAGUUCCUUCCAAAUGGCUCUGACUAAAGGCUGGCCUUUGUAUAUGAGCACCAAAAACACUAUUCUGAAGAAAUAUGAUGGACGUUUUAAAGACAUCUUUCAGGAGAUAUAUGAGAAGCAGUACAAAUCCAAAUUUGAAGCCCAAAAGAUCUGGUAUGAGCAUAGGCUCAUUGAUGACAUGGUGGCCCAAGCCAUGAAAUCAGAAGGAGGCUUCAUUUGGGCCUGUAAAAACUAUGAUGGUGAUGUGCAGUCGGACUCCGUGGCCCAAGGUUAUGGCUCUCUUGGCAUGAUGACCAGCGUGCUCAUUUGUCCAGAUGGCAAGACAGUAGAGGCAGAGGCUGCCCAUGGGACUGUAACACGCCACUACCGCAUGUACCAGAAAGGACAGGAGACAUCCACCAAUCCCAUUGCUUCCAUUUUUGCCUGGACCAGAGGGUUAGCCCACAGAGCAAAGCUUGAUAAUAAUAAAGAGCUCGACUUCUUUGCAAAGGCAUUGGAAGAAGUCUGCAUUGAGACCAUUGAGGCUGGCUUUAUGACCAAGGACCUGGCUGCUUGCAUUAAAGGUUUACCCAAUGUACAACGUUCUGACUACUUGAAUACAUUUGAGUUCAUGGACAAACUUGGAGAAAACUUGAAGAUAAAACUAGCUCAGGCCAAACUUUAAGUUCAUAGCUGGUCUUAGGAGGAUAAGUGGGGUUUUUUAGUAACUAGGUCCACAGGUUUACAUUUUUCUAUAUAACACUCAAGGGUAAAGACAAAAUCGAUUUAGUAAUUUGUUUAGCAGCCGGAGUUCAUCUUUUCUAUAAGUUUACAGUCUUUUUCUUAUACGUACAGUUAUUGCCACCUUCAUGAAUAUGGUGGGGACUUAUUAAAAAUUUUAUUUUAUUUUCUAGUAGCAGCCUACAAAUGACUUUAGUGCUCAUUCAUAUUCACUGUCACUUUUUCUCAUGUUCUGAAAUAAAUGACCAAAAUCCCAAGAGUGCUUGAACGGUAAACAAUAGCCACAGUAUUGUUCUCUAAAGUAUGUAUAAAGUAGAAAUUCACUCCCUUUCCCUCUUGUCCAUGACCUUUGGCACUGGGAGGUUUUGGUGUUACAGAGGUCCCAUGAUGUGAAGCAGAGCUGUACCUUGAACUUGCAUGUGAUUAGAACAAACAAUAUGAAUGUAACUAAAAUGUGUUGAAGACACUGCAGUCAUUUUUGUAAAGAGCUUAAACAUUCAAAUGUUUCAAAUAUGCUGAAUAUUUUUGAGGCCACUAGAGAGUUUGGAAUCUAGAAUAAAUACUACCUGGAGGUUUGUUCUCUGUUUUUGUCUCUUCCUCUACCUGGCCUGGCCUGAGGAUUAUGCUACCCUAAGUAGCAUAUUUCACCCAAGUGCAAUAAUGUGAGCUGUACCUUUUUUGGACUUCUGCUGACUUGUUUCAUUUCUUUUAUAUAAAUGUGAUUUCUCAGAGGUUGAUAUUAAUUU